ACACUAAAAAUAUAAUUUAGGCAAUAAUUAAAAUACAUGAAAUUGUAUUAAUCAAUAAAAAUAUUGAAAAAUCAAGACCGGAAAGGAUAUUGAAGAGAAGAAAAGGAAGUGAAAGUUAGAUGCCAUGAGUUGCAGUGUUUUAUGAAAAUUGUGUUAAUGGGAGUUGUAGUAAUCUCAACCUCGCUCUGUUGUUUGUUCCAAACAAAGCCCGCGAGACAUUUGUGUCUCAAAUUCAGAUUGAAACCUUCACUUUCACAUUCAAUCACUAGCAUGGCAUUGACCAACAACACCACCACCACCGAAAGGAAGCUUCCCGUUCUGCUAUUUGAUAUAAUGGACACCCUUGUUCGUGACCCUUUCUACCAUGAUGUCCCUGCCUUCUUCGGAAUGUCCAUGAAGGAACUCAUAGAUUGCAAACACCCAACGGCUUGGAUUGAGUUUGAAAAGGGUCUCAUUGAUGAGAUGGAGCUAGCAAGAAAAUUUUUUAAGGAUGGAAGGGAUUUCGAUUUAGAAGGCCUUAAAACUUGUAUGAGAAGUGGAUAUUCAUACAUAGAAGGCAUUGAACAAUUGCUUCAUUCCUUAAAGCAAAAUAACUACGAGAUGCAUGCUUUUACAAACUAUCCUAUAUGGUACCAGUUGAUUGAAGACAAGCUAAAACUAUCAAAAUAUUUAUCGUGGACAUUUUGUUCGCAUGCAUUUGGAAAGAGGAAGCCUGAUACUGAAUUCUAUAAGGAAGCUCUGAGGCAUCUUGAAGUUGAUCCAACGAAUUGCAUUUUUGUUGAUGACAGGCAAAAAAAUGUGGAUGCAGCAAUUGAAGUUGGCAUCAAAGGUGUACAUUUCAAGAAUGUCAAUUUACUGUGUGAAAAACUGUCAUUGAUGGGGAUUGACAUUUCAACAGAUGAAGUUUUAUUUGAUUCUGUUUCUUAACUACACCAAUUUCUUUUCUUGGUGGAAAGGGGAUGUACCAAACUAUUGAUUUUAUAUACCAUUCAUACCAAGCUAUUGAGCUUUGUUAAAGUGACUUCUGAUUUUUUACCCCCACAACAAUACAACUUUAUCUUCUCAGCUAUCGAGUAUUAAGGGUGUUAUUGGAGUGAAAAUGAACUAGGUGAAUGUACUCAGAAGUUUAGAGCCAUGGUGCACCCCUUUGGACCGGGGCAAUGCUGCAUGAAUAUAUUUCAUGAAGAAUGUUAGCAAUUCACUUUGAUAUACUUUUUAAACCUACUUUUAUUAUUUGGUGAUGAGACCCAUAAAAUGAUGUGGUUCCUACACCCUAUAAUAAAUGUUAUAGAAUAUUUUGAUACCAUUUCUCCACACCUUUGGAUUAGAUCAAUAAUUGUCAUUAAUGGAUGUCAAAACAUUUUAUCUCAAGUGUUAAUCUAAUGGGUUCCCUCCUCUCA